GCGCCGAGCCGCCGCCCCGGCUCCCGCAGCGCCGCGCCAGCAUCCCGGGAGCGAGCGAGCAGCGCCGAGGCCAGGAAAAUGGCAGACAGUUUUUCGCUGAAUGAUGCCUUAGCUGGCUCUGGGAAUCCAAACCCCCAAGGAUGGCCUGGCGCUUGGGGGAACCAGCCUGCACCUGGGGCAGGAGGCUACCCAGGUGCCUCUUACCCUGGAGCCUACCCUGGCCAGGCUCCCCCAGGGGCUUAUCCUGGCCAGGCCCCUCCAGGGGCUUAUCCUGGGCAAGCCCCUCCAGGGGCUUAUCCUGGCCAGGCCCCGCCCAGUGCCUACCCAGGCCCAACAGCACCUGGAGCGUAUCCUGGACCACCUGCACCUGGAGCCUACCCAGGACAGCCGGGCGGGCCUGGGCCCACUGCUCCUGGGGCCUACCCUGGCACCGGCCCAUAUGGUGCCCCCGCUGGGCCACUGACUGUGCCCUAUGACCUGCCCUUGCCUGGAGGCGUCAUGCCACGCAUGCUGAUCACCAUCAUGGGCACAGUGAAGCCCAAUGCAAACAGAAUUGCUCUAGAUUUCAAGAGAGGGCACGAUGUCGCUUUCCACUUUAACCCUCGUUUCAAUGAGAACAACAAGAGAGUCAUCGUGUGCAACACGAAGGUUGAUAAUAACUGGGGAAAGGAAGAAAGACAAUCGGCUUUCCCAUUUGAAAGCGGCAAACCAUUCAAAAUACAAGUACUGGUUGAACCUGACCACUUCAAGGUUGCGGUCAAUGAUGCUCACUUGUUGCAGUACAAUCAUCGGAUGAAAAAUCUCAGGGAAAUCAGCAGUUUGGGAAUUUCUGGUGACAUAAACCUCACCAGUGCUUCACAUGCUAUGAUAUAGUCUUCCAGGGGGAGAUACUUAAAGGUUGAAUUUAAACCUUAUACAUUUAAAGGUUUCAUGUUCACUGUAAGUGAAAACAAUUUACAUUUAUUUCUCCAUAUCCUUGUAAGCCAUCAUUUAAUAAACAGUCUUAUGCUAAA